UUAGGCGGGUAUUACCAUUGUGCGCAUGGCUGCACAAGAUCAAAACAACGGCUCCUGUCAGUUGGCCAUUGUUUUGUUUUGCGUAAACCGAUCGCACAUUACCGGGGAAGGAAACAAAACCGGGAAAACAGCAUUUAUCGUUCCAUUGCCGAUGAUGUUGCGGCUGGCGGCUCAUCGCCGCUGGUUCAGUGUAGGUGUCGCCAAGGAACAAAAGGAAAUCUUCCCGCACAGUACCAUACGCCGAUUGAAACCGACAGCAGAAGCCACAGGUGGUAGCACACCGGGCCAAACGGUACCGGCCGACGAUGGACCGCGUAUGAAUGAGAUGAACAUACAAAUGCUUUCCAAACCACUGUACCGGCAGAUUUUUCAACCAGACUCACACACUCCCUAUCCCACCGGCCGAGCUGAUCCGGCUGUUGUAAAAUCGCUUCGGGAAGAUCUUUUGCGGCAUGGGAUCGAUAGCUCGAAGCCUGUGCUGCUGCCGGACGUGGAUCUGAAGCUACCACCGUUACGAGGUGCUAACAUCGAGGAACACUUCCACGCCAUUGCCGAGGAGCAGAGUGAACCGUACCGGCGUGCUGUAGAGCAGCUGCCCGAGGAUACGCCCCCGAUGCCGGGUGUUUGGGCCCGAACGCCGGGCUGGACACGUUACGAUCCGGUGACGGGAAAACCGUGCGCCAUUCCAUUUCCAACCGAUGCAGCGCUCGUAUUCGAUGUGGAAGUUUGUGUGAGGGCGGGACCACUACCGGUUAUGGCAACUGCCACGGGCACGGCUGGAUGUUGGUAUUCCUGGACUAGUCCUUCGCUGCUAAACAGUGACGUUACGGGAAGCGGAUCCCCAUCCGGUAGCUAUCAGCAUUCGGAGUUGAUACCGCUCGAGAGCAAGCCGGUAGAAUUCGUCCACCCGGCACGCAUAGUUAUUGGCCACAAUGCGUCAUACGAUCGUGCGCGGGUGCGUGAACAGUACUAUCUGCAACCGACCGGCUUACGCUUUCUCGACACGAUGUCCCUGCACGUGUGUGUAAGCGGUAUCACGAGCUACCAAAGAGCGAUGCUCAAGUCGGCCAAGCGACUUCCGGCGGAGGAUACGGGCUGGAGUGAGCAAAGCUCGCUCAACAAUCUAGCCGACGUGUACGCACUGUACUGUGGCGGUGAACAGCUAACCAAAACGAAACGCGACACGUUCGUGGAAGGUACGCUCGAGGAUGUGCGUGCCGAUUACGACAGUCUCAUGAGCUACUGUGCCGCGGACGUACGUGCGACGAAAGCCGUCCUACAGCGUUUGUGGCCUCUGUUUCGCGAACGCUUCCCGCAUCCGGCGACAUUGGCCGGUAUGCUGGAGAUGGGAAGUGCCUACCUGCCGGUCAACGGUAACUGGACGCGUUACCUGACCGAAGCCGAUCUUGCCUUCGAAGAUCUCGAUCUGGAAGCGAAGCAUCAGCUUGCACAGCGAGCGGAUGCUGCGUGUUCGCUUCUGCACGGCGAAGCCUACCGGCGGGAUCUGUGGCUAUGGGACCAAGACUGGAGUGUGCGGGAGCUAAAGCUGAAGGCGGCGAAGGCGGCCAGUAAAAAAGCAGGCUCAUCCAAACCGCCGGAACGUUCGCUUCCGCCAACGGGCUCCGAAACUGACGAAGCGUCACGUUUGGCGCACAAAUUUGCCUACCUGUACGAAACGGCUAACCGGCUACCGGUGCGACGCCCACUAUUGCCAGGCUAUCCGGAAUGGUACCGUAAGCUUUGCUCCAAACCGACCACCACCGACUGGUGUCCCGGACCGUCCGAACUUGGCACCGGUAUGCAGAUCGCACCGAAGCUGCUUUCGCUCUGUUGGGAAGGUUAUCCUUUGCACUACAUCCGCGAGCAUGGAUGGGGGUUUUUGGUUCCGUUCAAAAACGCCCGGGACGACGAUUGUAGCGAUGCAGCCUUACCGCUCGAGCAGCUGAUCGCUGCCUGUCCCGUCGUGGAGGUCAAACAUGCCGGUGCAUCAUCGGCGGAAAGUGGCGAAGCACUGGCUCACCUCGCCCAGAGUGUUGAGCAAACAAUCAGCCGCAAGGAGUAUUAUAAUUAUCGCAGUCGAACAAAUUCGGCCCCGACCGUGAAACGCCCCGCAUACAACGGAUCGGGCGUGUGGUGUAAUGUGGAGCUGGAAGGGUGUUGCUACUUCCUGCAACUACCGCACAAAGAUGGAGCCGGCCAUCGGGUGGGUAAUCCGCUGUCGAAAGACUUUCUGGCCAAGUUUUCCGAGAACGUGCUGGCCGGUGACGGGCGAGCAGCAGAAAGGGUCGUUGAGAUUGCACGCAUGCUGUCCUACUGGCGCAACAAUCGGGAUCGCAUCCGCGGUCAGCUGGUCGUUUGGUGUGAUGCGGAUUGUACGGUCGGUGCGAUCCUGCCGCAGGUUGUUGUGUGCGGUACACUCACACGUCGCGCGAUGGAACCGACCUGGAUGACGGCAAGUAACGCACAGCGGGAACGCGUCGGAUCGGAGCUCCGGGCGAUGGUACAGGCACCGGCCGGGUAUCGGUUGGUCGGUGCGGAUGUUGACAGCCAAGAGCUGUGGAUCGCGUCCGUCCUGGGAGACGCCGGCACGGGACUGCACGGUGGUACACCGUUCGGUUGGAUGACGCUGAGCGGUACGAAGGCGACACGCACCGACAUGCACAGCGUAACAGCACAGGCCGUUGGCAUAUCGCGCGAUCACGCCAAGGUGCUGAACUACGCACGGAUCUACGGUGCGGGGCAGCAGUUUGCCGAACGAUUGCUGAAACAGUUCAACCCGACACUUACCGGUGCGGAAGCACGCUCCAAAGCGGCCAAAAUGUUUACCCUAACGAAGGGCCGCCGGACGUACCGGUUGCGGGAGGAGCUACGUGAGCAGUACCCAGCGCAACCGAUCCGCUCGACGGCGUACGAGGCACUAGGAUUAGCGAGAGUGUGCAACAAAGGCGUUGGCGAGCUGUUUGAUGGGCCACACUGGCUGGGCGGUACGGAGAGUGCAAUGUUCAAUCGGUUGGAGGAGAUUGCGGGCAGUGCCGCACCGGCCACACCGUUUCUAGGCGGUAGACUGAGCCGAGCGCUAGAACCACAGCACGGCACGGAGGAUCGAUUCCUGCCGACACGGAUCAACUGGGUGGUGCAGAGUGGAGCGGUCGACUUUCUACACCUGAUGCUAGUCUGUAUGCGGUGGCUGAUGGGAGGAAGCAACGGUGGUCAAUUACGGUUCUGUCUGAGCUUCCAUGAUGAGGUUCGGUAUCUGGUGCCGGAACGGUACGCACACCAUGCUGCGCUAGCCCUGCACGUAACGAAUCUGUUGACGCGAGCGUUCUGCGUCCAUCGCGUCGGGUUUCGCGAUCUACCCCAGUCGGUAGCUUUCUUUUCGUCCGUCGAGGUGGACCGGGUACUGCGCAAAGAGGCACAGCACGACUGCCGAACACCCUCGAAUCCGCACGGUUUGCGCACGGGCUACGGCAUACCGGACGGGGAGUCGCUCGACAUUUACCAAACAUUGGCCCGAUUAAGUCCGGCCCAGCGCAACAUCAGUGACUGGGAAUGGCAUCGGCCGCAAACAGGUGCCAAGGCGGUUAAGCGGAACAAACAGCAGAGAGCGCAAAGUCGUGAAGCAAACUAGCGGCCGGCAGGAAUCUCACACACCCAGUACGCCGUGGGAAGCUGUAGCAGCUGUAGCGCGGAUUGGGAGCUCUUCCGUGCACAUGAAUAAAUGAGGAACGAGAUUCGAGAUUGGAUGAACAAA